AUGACGGCGGGCAAUUCAAUUGUGAUGGAGAGCCUGCUGGAUCUUGACUGGCAUCUGUGUCAACACAGCAGCAAGGACAUGCAGGCAGAUGAUGUUCGCAUGUUCUUCAUUUGGCAGCUCGAACAUGGCUCUGCAGGCUGGAGCUCCAGGCCGCCCAUGCGGCAGAUCGAGGCCUACACUAGGUGUGCUUCACAGAGGGACUGGAACGGCAAGAGCAUCGCCCGGGCGGACAGCAUACCUUUGCACGGUGAAAACCGGUACACUGGGGAUCCGCACCGCCUCCUUCCAGAGGGACCUGGGGUCUGCGCUGCACACAUGGAGUUUGGAGGUCGGCUGGUGUGCAUUGCCAACCCCGUGCUCCUAUUCGACAUUGUCAGCAUUUGUCUGUGCGUUGCAA